GCGGAGGGUAGCGGUCGGCACGGGGCUGGUACUUUUCCUCCUUUUCUACUGAGCAACUGUAGCCGUGCACAAAAUAAAGCGAGCGACAACGCGCGAUGCAACAACGAGUGCUCUAAGGUAAAGCGAUAAGCCAACCAAAGAGCCUCAACUUCCCUUCACGCUCGGUUCAGCGGGCUGGCCAACCGCCUUCCUGGUCGAAGGGGGACAAAAAGUGCGAGAGAAGUUGCCGUCACCUUCGGUCCUGCCAUCUGAACGCAGCCUGGCAGCCCGCUGGUCUCUACCUUGCGAGCCCCGCGUCUAAACCGCACAGAAAUUGGUUUCUAGCGAAAACACCAGCAUGGAUAGCGGGGGCUGCCGUUUGAACGGCGGGGGUGUCGGUGGCGGCGAAGUCGGAGGAGGAGGCGGGUCGGCAGCGGGAUCCCGGCUCGGGAUGAUCACCCUGGAGGAUCUGGAGACCUUUUCCGAAGAGCAGCCCGCGGACUCGGCGUACAACAGCAACGGCAGCCUGGAGGAGGAAGGCGAGUCCAUGGAGGAGGAGCAGGACAGGCUCCUGCAGUACUGGCAGGACGUUGGCAGAGGACAUCAAGUGGACGUGCCCAGGGAUAUGGCCGUUCCUAUCCAGCAGCUGACCAGCAACAACCAGGGCACACAGGACCGCGAGAGUGUGCCCUUCACUCUCAUCACUCGCAAGGAAAAGUGCGGGGACGUGCUGUACGAGAAGAGGCACUACGAGAAGGCCCACUGGGCGUGCGUCACCGUCCUGGAGGAGCAGUACGAGCAGAGCAUCUGCCUCGGGUUCAUGAAGCUCAUGAGAUACAUCUGCCAGCAGAACGCCACAGGUGGUUUCCUGGGACUGACCAUCCCGAUAGUGACGGUGGUGCGCACGGAGAACUCCCGCUCGGUGCUGUCCCGCGAGGUCACCGUUGCCUACUACCUGCCCUCCCAGCACCAAGCCCGCCCUCCUCAGCCUUACGACCCCGACAUUGUGAUCGAGGAGUGGCCGGCCGCCAUCAUCUACACCAGGACCUUCGGCGGGGCCACCAACGAGCACUCCAUUCUGUACGAGAUCAGCUUGCUGGCAGAGGUGCUGGAGUGCCCAGAAAUCCGCCUGCAGGACACCUUCAUCGUGGCCGGCUACACCAACCCCGCCGCCGCCAACCGGCACAAUGAGAUCUGGUUUCUUCAGCGUCCCUGACCAGCAGCGCCCCCCCCCUGCUCCCCCAGUGUCCCCGACUUUCCACUGUCGCUCUCUCUGCGUCCCGCUUCUACACAGAGAGCCCCGAGAGCGGAGGGGGCUCUCUGGUUCAAGCUCCCGUUCUUAUUUAGGCGGUAAAGGUACCGAACCCAUGCACAAGUCAUAACCAGUAGCUUUUCCAUCAUAAUUUGCAAAAAAAAGGCCCAUUUUUUUUGCAAACUGUGCUGAGGAAGCAAGGAUUGUGGAUUUCACUGAGGUUACUCAACAUCUAAGAAUUACGCAUUAGCACACUCAGUCUACCGCUAUCGAUAUACCGCUAUAUCUUUUUGGUAUUUGAAACUGUAGCAUUUUAUUAGCACUAAAUCAACAAGAUUUGUUCAAGUGGGUCUUUAAAAAGAUGGAAAGGACACGAGUUCUUGACUCUUGGUGCGAGACUGUCACUUAUAGAAUCAUUCAACUAAUCUGCUUCUGACAUAAGGAAGCUAGCAGUUCUUUACUGUCCGCCUUUAAAAACCGCCUCCUGUAACUCAGUGUACUAGAACACGCAGGCGAACGUGACAUGCGAAAAUCGUGCAGCUUGGCAGAACUCAUGAUCAAGCCAACAGACUGAAUGUAUCGAUCUUCAGGAAAGUGAAAAUGUUCCAAAUCACUGAAAGCUUUUGCAGUAUGACAAUCAAGUAUGAUUUGCAUCCCGUACUGUCCUGUGUUCUUCAUGUGAUGAAAAUGCAUUCCUCAUUAUUGAAGCCGUAUUACUCUCCAGUUAACUCUAUACCUCUCUGGGCUCCUUGCUGUCCUGGACAUUGCUUUGUGUCAGUGUAAGUGAGCGUGUACUACUACUAACCACUACUACUAGAUGAAGAGUGAGAAAUGUUAUUAAAGAAAUAUGCACAUAUAUAUUACUGUUCUUUAAGUUUAGAGUAUUGAGAGUCAUAUACACAUUAUAUAACAAAAAUGGUAUCAUUAAUUUUUUAUAACAUCUUCUUUCUUAGCACUGCUGUCGAUAUAUUCAGUAGAUGGCAGGAUUGCAAGAGAAAAGGUUAUAUUUUUUAUUCAUAAGAGGAAAAAGAAUUUCAACAUUGGUUGUAAGUUUUAAGUUAAUAAAAGAAUUGGGGAAAAUGUUGUGAUACAUGUUUUAAGACAGAGGUCAAAUUAUUUUUAUAAUGAAAUUAGUUUUUGAAAAAAAGAUGGUGAUAUAGAUCUAAAUGUACAUUUAAAAGAGAAAAGGUGUCCCUGGGUGAUGAUUAAGAUGCUCCAUUAUUAACUAUGAAGUAGGCACUGCAACUGCAAUAAAAAUAUAACAAUCCUAGCGAAACUCCUUGUGGCUGCCCAUGCUGGGAUCCAGCAGUUGAUUCUGUAGCCUAAUUAGUCCCAGGAGAGACAGGAAAAUGUCAGUGACCAGUACAGGUGUGCUAAACAUCUGAGGGAGACCGGAUAUUUGAGAAACUCCAGUUGAUCUUUUAUUUCAUGUUCCACACUUUUGUAAGCCUUUUGUAAUUGUGCUUUAUGAGCUGUUUUGUUGAAGUGAAAAGAGCUACUGUGGAUUCUUUGGUAUAUUUUUCUUUCUAAAAAAUAAAAUGUAAUCUAUGAUCCUUUUCAAAAACUA